UCACGAUCUUCCCAAUAUUCUUGAGAUACGACGAGGAUGAGAGUCUAAACCAACAUAGAACGCAAAUUUGGCUGCGUUUUCGUCAAGCCCAUGGUGUUUAUUAGCUCAUUCUUCUGGACGUAAAAAUUGUCGGACUUACAUAGUUUCCGCAAUGCACGCUGAAUGUAAAUAAUCCCUGUCUCCAGGACUGCAGAUCACAUGAUGAUAAUAUGACUAUUACUGUAACACAUAACACUCACGACUGGAGAUGGUGCAGUGAGCCACAGAAUCUCCUACGACUUCAAAUCAAAGGCUUGCGCAGAGAUAUACCAAAAAUAUUUGACCAUGCGUGCAAUCCUGCAGUUAGCAGUGUUGUCCUCCAUAGUUAUUGUUGCUCAAGCAAAGAACAUCAGUCAGCCUCAUAUAAUAUUCAUCUUGGCUGAUGAUUUGGGCUGGGAUGAUGUGAGUUUUCAUGGUUCAAAGCAAAUUCCGACUCCUAAUAUUGAUGGUUUGGCAAACAAUGGAGUGAUCUUGAACAACUACUAUGUGUCACCAAUUUGCUCUCCAAGUCGCAGUACUAUCAUGACAGGAAAAUAUCCCAUACACACAGGAAUGCAACACAGUGUUAUCAUGGGUGGAGAGCCUUUUGGGUUAGGUCUGGAGGAAAAAUUGCUACCUCAGUUUCUCAAAGAAUUGGGUUAUGCCACACAUGCUGUGGGAAAGUGGCAUCUGGGAUUCUUCAAGUAUGACUAUACCCCAACGAAAAGAGGAUUUGACUCAUUCUUUGGAUACUGGCUGGGUGCUGGUGACUACUGGGAUCAAUCUGAAGCUGAAAUGUAUGGGUCAUGGGGAUUGGACCUUAGGAACAAUACAGAGCCUGUGCAUAACCAGUGGGGAAAUUACCGCACCUAUAUGUUCACAGACCAUGCUGUAAAUUUGAUCAACUCACACAACACCUCCAAACCACUCUUUUUGUACCUGGCACAUGAAGCAGUUCAUAGUGCAAAUGCACACCAACCACUUCAAGCACCAAAGGAUCUGAUUAACAAGUUUAACGACAGCAUCCAUGAUGAGGAUCGGCGAGUUUUUGCAGCAAUGGCUACAGCACUGGAUCAAUCUGUUGGAAAGGUGAUUGACACACUCAGGGCAAGAGGAAUGUAUGAUAACUCCAUCAUUGUGUUUAGUACUGACAAUGGUGGACCAGCCAAUGGUGUAAGUCGGAACACAGCUUGUAAUUAUCCGCUGAGAGGAACCAAGUAUACUUUGUGGGAAGGAGGAAUCAGGGGAACCUCUUUUGUCCACAGCCCCCUCUUGGCAUCCACAGGCCGUGUGAGCAUGGACCUAAUGCAUCUGUCAGACUGGCUCCCUACGCUCUACGGGCGUGCGGGUGGGGACGUGCAGAAGCUCCUUAACAUAGAUGGGUACGAUAUGUGGCCUUCUUUGUCCAAGGGCGAGAAGUCUCCUCGAAAGGAAUUGGUGCAUAACAUUGACCCAGUGACGUGGGCAUCUGCGCUGCGAUAUGAACAAUGGAAACUGUUGGUGAAUGAAACUGACGGUGGUGGUCGUGACGGAUGGUACCCACCGCCGGGGAUCGAGGAAAACGCACGAUCACUGCGCAAUUUCACCACCUCCCUUCCCUCUCUGAAAAACGCAGUUGUGACGUGCGGACCGCAGCCAGCUGAGCCCACAAAGUGUGGCGUCAAGGACGGGCCAUGCCUCUUCAACAUCCAAGACGAUCCAUGUGAGUACACCAACGUAGCCGAGAAAGAGAAGGACGUGCUGAAAAUGAUGUUGCAAUUGCUGGAGAAGUACAAAGCGACUAUGGUGCCGAUUAGGAAUAAACCCUACGACAAGAACGCGGAUCCCAAAUUCCAUGAUGGCGUGUGGACAGCGUGGUGUGACGAGAAACCAAAUGAGAACUGCGAGGAGUAGUGCCAGGGCACUCAGUGUGGUUGAUCGUCACUUAGCAGGUUGUGGGUGGGGAUUUAAAAGAAUUAAGGCAGAAAUGAUUGUAAUUUGGUUCCUUCGGUAACGUGAUUGCGUCUUUCAAAUUCAUCUUUACCAAAAGCCAUGGGCAAACAUCUCUUAAUGGAAAACAAAGAAUUGCCACGUU